UGUUUUAGUGCAUUAAAUACAAGGUUAUAAUAUCUAAUUAACAUUUGGUUUUAGGUAUCUCAACAGUUAUAUGCACUUCUGAAGACCGCUUAAGAGUGGCAUCGGUUGCACGGAAAUCUUGUCUAUACGAUAGCACUGAUUAAACGCAAGGAGUUAGACCUUACCGGCCACGAUAGGCAUAUGUUAUACAGAAGACCAAUAGUCCCCUUCGUAAGAUCCAGUUCCCCUGCAAUGGAGCCCUUAACUCUUACCGAUGGCAGUGCAUUGAAAGAUGUUAUCCAAUCAGCCCAAAGACAGAGUUAUGCUGUACCACCCCUCGUAGAAAAGAUUCAGAAUAAAGAAACGCAAACUGACUACAGAGAGAGUGAAUGCCAAACCUUGCCAUGGGAACCUCCAUACAGAAUACAUCCAGGUCACAAUCCUGAGGUAUUAUCGGUAGCACAUUUAACAUGGGGUCACGGAUUGCCAGCUGGAAUGCACGAGGUAGAAAUCAUCAACCGGCUAAGAAUGAAAAGAGCCUGGGAAGCUAUUCUUCCUCCGAUGGACACUCCAGAAAAUAUAAAAACUCGUUCGCUCAUAAUAUCAGCUUUGGAAGCGGAUGAGUGGGCCUUUAGAGAAGCGGAAAUUCAGUUCAUCAUGGAUAUGCGUAUGAAUUUAAUGGAAAAGCUGAUUAAGGAGCGAGACGAAGAGCGGGAUAGGAUAAUGAAGAAUCGUUUUGAAAAAGUUGGCGACUUCUUAAGGAACCGCCGAGACAAGGAAAUUAUGGGCAUUAGGAGGAAACUGGGGCGAGAAUUGCGGAAGUUAGCCGUGAAACAUCGUGGACAAAAUGUUCGUUAUCAAAAGCGCGAUAUUGUCAAGCAACAUGCCGAUAGAAAAUCAGAAUUAUAUGCGCCACAGUUGAGAUUCGGUGAAAGCGCUCAAAGACGACAUGAAAUAAUAAGGAAACGGUUGUUACGGGAUACUUAUGUUGAAGCGGCGGAAAAAAUAGAUACUAAACCAAGUGGACUGUUAACGUAUGAGGAAUUGAAGGCAUUUAAGAUUAAAUCAAAACCUGCAGAACUUUGCGUGCGAGAAACCAGAUGGACCGAAGGAAAAUUAAGACAAUUACAUGCUGAUCUUAAAGCGAUUCGAUUGAACCUUAAGCCCUCGGAAGAAAUUAAUUUAUUGCAAAGUAAGUGCAAGGAACCGACAUUACCCCAAACGCCUAUAAAAGCAAGAACUCAUGACUUCGAUAACGAAGUGGAACGAUCUACUGAAUUUAUUCAGAAAACUGUCAGAGGUAGAGCGAUACAAUGUAUGAUGUUCGAGGGUCGUAACAGAUGCAGAGAAUUAAUAGAAGAACUCCAAUCGACGACGGCACUUCAAAAACAUUCGAAGAAAUUGCGUCAACAGGAGAAAGACAAAAUGCUAAGUAUUCAGCAGGAGCAGAAUUACAGUAUGCUACGUGAAAAUCGUUUAAGUGAAAUUCUGAACUCGUUAGAGGGCAUGACAGUCUGUGGAAUACUCGACUACUUGAGUAAGGAAUUGAUUAGAUUAAAAGAUGAACGUACGGCACAUGCUUUUGCAUUGCUUGCUGAAAGGAUAAGGUACAGAAGAGAAGCUGCCGAAGCUGGCAGACGUCAACUUGAAAGAAAUCGCCGCAGGGAAUUGGAUGAAAUGUUCAGACAGAUUGUAAAAGUAAACCAAGAAUCUGUUGAAACAUACUUAGAAGAUAUUAUAAAGGAAAGUAUCGACUGGAUAUCGGACAAGGAAGCCAAAGAGUACAUUGAAACAUUGGUGGCAAAGGCAGAGAAAGUGUCUGACUAUGCUGUAGACAAUGCUGCUGAAUUAGCAGAGCAAGAAAUGGUUGCCGAUAUGGUUUACAAUUUUGUUUUGCCCGAAGUGGAGAAACAAAUAAUCCGGGAAAAUAUGAAACAACGUCAACAAAGCUAUCUGCAAAAUGCACAUGCAGCAAUUUAUAACGAAAUAUUAAAUCUGGAUCAUGAAGAACCUUUAACACCUUCAGAUGUUUUCCCGGAUAAAUCAAACGUUGAAACAGAUGCAGAAGAAGAAAGAUCGUUAAACGAAAAUUAUAUGAUUGAAAUUGAAACAAACACAGCAUGGAAAGGUGAUACUGUUGAAAAGCAUAUGGAUCCCGUAAAAGCCAUCGCUAAUUAUAUUCUUCAAACUAUUAUUUCUCGAGUUAUACCAUCUAAGAGUGAAGAAAUGGUUCAUGAGCUGUUGGAAGAUGUGUUAUCAGAAGUGGUGAAGUCUAAUAAACCGCAUGUGUUAAGGGGUAAGUGUAGAAAAUUAAAAAUUAAAAUAUCUUCAACCAUCAAGUCUGAUUUUGUUUUAGAUAAGUCAUCGAAAUUAUCAUGGAGUUCUUCUUAUACAAGUCACACCAAUUCAUCAAGGAGUACCACAUAAUUAGAGUUUGUACUCGAAUUGUAGGAUCGCUUAUACUAUAAUAACAAGGCCGAUAAAACAAAGAAAUGCCAUUCAUCGGCCUUAUCAGGUUAAAUUCAUUUCUGAUAACGUACCUAUAAAUACAUUCAAGUUGUUUUGUAGUAGCAUCUUGUUUGAAUAGUUUAAAGGCAGUUUUUAAAUAAAUAAUUAUUAAUGCCUUUUAAAAAUUAGUUUGAAAAUAAAUUGAAAGACCAGAUGUUUGUACUGCUACAUUAAAUAAACCUAAUUGAGUUUAUCAAUAAAAGGAACCAAAAAUUUAAUGAGAAACAAAGGAGAAUAUUAUUUCCCAUUUUCAUAAGAUUUAGGAAAUUGAUUUAAAACUUAAUAUCAUACAAUAAUUGUAUUGCAAUGUUAUAACUGUGAUUUAUGAUGAGAUGAAAGUAAAAUUAUAACUAAUUUCAAGAAAUAAGUGAUCUAAAUUAAUAUGAGUACUAAACUAUAACA